GCGCCGCGCCGGGCCGCGCGAUGGGGAGCGCCCUGCGGAAGAGCAAAGCGGAGCGGCGGCGCGCAGCAGAGAAUGCACAGAAGCUGCAAGAAGCACCCUGUGAACUAGCCACAGAAACUUCACAGCCAGUUGUUUUUGUGCAGGAGAAGCAAAAAGGAGAUCAUGAGAAAACUUUAAAGGCAGAUAAAGAAAGCAACCUCCAGAAACUGUUGGAAAUGAAUGGGCAUAUGCAGGUGCCCCAUUCCUACGACUAUGACCUCAUUGUCAUUGGUGGGGGCUCAGGUGGUCUGGCUGCUGCCAAGGAGGCUGCCAAAUAUGACAAGAAAGUGAUGGUGCUGGACUUUGUCAUGCCUACGCCUCUGGGAACAUCAUGGGGUCUUGGAGGAACAUGUGUAAAUGUGGGCUGCAUACCUAAAAAAUUGAUGCACCAGGCAGCUUUACUGGGACAAGCCUUGCAAGAUUCACGCAAAUUUGGAUGGCAGUUUACAGAAGAAGUCAAACACAACUGGAUGACUAUGACAGAAUCUGUUCAAAAUUACAUUGGUUCACUGAACUGGGGCUAUCGGGUGGCACUGAGAGAGAAGAAAGUCACGUAUGAGAAUGCUUAUGGAGAAUUUGUUGGACCACACACAGUUAAGGCAACAAAUAAAAGAGGAAUUGAGAAACUGUACACAGCUAAGAGAUUCCUCAUUGCCACUGGUGAAAGACCACGUUACCUGGGAAUCCCUGGAGACAAGGAGUACUGCAUUAGCAGUGAUGAUCUUUUUUCUCUGCCUUACUGUCCAGGGAAAACCCUCGUGGUUGGAGCUUCUUAUGUUGCCCUGGAAUGUGCAGGAUUUCUUGCAGGUCUUGGAUUAGAUGUCACUGUAAUGGUGAGAUCCAUUCUUCUAAGAGGAUUUGACCAGGAUAUUGCAAACAAAAUUGGUGAAUAUAUGGAAGAACAUGGAAUCAACUUUAUUAAACAGUUUGUGCCAAUCAAGAUUGAACAGAUUGAGGAAGGAACUCCUGGAAGAUUCAAAGUUACAGCUCAGUCCACAGCUGGGAACCAGAUAAUUGAAGGGGAAUACAAUACUGUGUUGCUAGCAAUUGGAAGAGAUGCGUGCACAAGAAAAAUUGGUUUGGACAAAGUUGGAGUGAAGAUCAAUGAAAAAACAGGAAAAAUCCCUGUCAAUGAUGAAGAGCAAACAAAUGUGCCGUAUAUUUAUGCUAUUGGAGAUAUACUACAGGACAAGCUGGAACUCACACCAGUGGCAAUCCAGGCAGGAAGACUGUUAGUUCAAAGGCUUUAUGGUGGAUCAACCAUUAAGUGUGACUAUAUGAAUGUUCCAACAACAGUGUUCACUCCUUUGGAGUAUGGAGCCUGUGGGUAUUCUGAAGAGAGUGCAGUGGAGAAGUUUGGGGAGGAAAACAUUGAGGUGUACCAUAGUUAUUUCUGGCCACUAGAAUGGACUGUCCCAUCCAGAGACAACAAUAAAUGCUACGCAAAGAUAAUUUGCAAUAUUCAAGAUAAUGAGAGAGUCAUUGGUUUCCAUGUCCUUGGUCCAAAUGCUGGAGAAGUUACCCAGGGGUUUGCAGCUGCUAUUAAAUGUGGAAUGACAAAAGAACAAUUGGACAGCACCAUAGGAAUCCAUCCAGUCUGUGCAGAGAUAUUUACCACGCUCUCUGUGACUAAGCGUUCUGGUGGAAAUACCCUUCAGGCUGGGUGCUGAGGUUAAAGACCCCCAUUGCCGUUAUUGCCAGAGACUGACUUUCAUCGCUGUGGCUGACUUGUGCAAUUUGGAACGGAUGUUUUGAGAGAAGUCAUCAUCAGAACCUCUGCAGAAAUGUUUAAAUCUUAGCCAAAGCGCUCCGUUAUCCUAUGGAGAAGAGAACUGUGGGAGUUUAGUCACUUGCAGUGAUUGGAUGGCAAUCAGCAACGCAAUGGGAAUAUUGACUAUUGAGCUGUUGCUUGGCAGGGCAUUUAACAGAAUGCUUUCAUGAAAUCACAGCCUGCAGCCAGCAUUUCCUGGUGGGCAGUGAUGGAAGAACUGUUAGCACAGCUGUACAAUAACUUUCUUUUCCUCUCUCUUUUGUUACCUGUACAAAGAGCUUCCUAAUUUAAAUGUGUUACCACAAGUUCAGAUAAUUGUACGGUGCCUCUGUGUACUAAGCUAUAAAGCUGUAAUAGCAAGUUCUGUUCAUGAACAAACUUUUUAUCAGAUCACAGUCACACAGUGAGGUAUGCCUGUGGAUGGGAGAUUGUAUCUACAUGUUUGAUCAUGAGGAAGAAAAUAUCCUUGCAGAAAGGUUUAGUACCAUCUAGAAUAGCAUCUCUCUUGGCUUCCAAAAUGACUUUGUCACAAUUUUUUAGAGAUAUUUAUUUGUGAAAACAUUUUUCUUGAUGAGUCAGGAAAGUAUUUUUAAAGCAUUAUUAUAUAGAAAAGCUUUUUUCUGAUAGUCACAACCAUGCGUAUACACAGAUGUGAUCUUUUUAGCUUUAUCUUGUAGCUUAUGUUAUUAUAAUUAAUUCACUUUGGAACUGACAGAAAUCCAAUUUGGAAUAAAUUAUUUUGACAAGAGCUUUGUAGAGCUUCAUUCGAUUUGAAUAAAUACUUUCUUUUCACGUGGGCUAUCAUAUGCUGCAUUGUGUCUGGUCUGAAGUUGCCGCUUUGAACACAGCAGCAUGGAGGCAGUCCUUCAGGUUCGUUGAGCUGUGCAGUCAAAAACAAACUAACCAAACAAAACAUCUCACCCAGCCUCCAAAAACCAUUUGUGAAAUCUUCUAGGUAGACAAGAUUUAAAGCUAUAUUUAGUUCCACAUAUUCUUUGUUUUGUAUUUGAUUAAGAAAACAGUACUUUUUAAACAGAUUUCCAUUAAAAAUGACAAACAGACUUACUUUUUUGAAUAUUCCUCCUGUGCUGGAUAAACUGCAUACAUAUUUAUCAAGAAAUGGUAAAAUGCCUCUUUGUAAUGGAAAUGAACCUGCUUUUUGAUCUGGUUCUUCAUUUCCUUCUGUUUUAGCAGGAGGUUACAGAUUACUAAUAGUUCUUGGGAGUUCAGUGUUGCAGCAUGAAUAAAAGUUUAAAUUAUCCAGCUCCCUGAGCAGAAGACGUUAUGCCUAAAUUUCUACCCAGUAACAAAUUCAUUUUUUCUACUGAGUUUUCUAUAAUAGUGCUUUAAGUUAUUUUUAUAAACUCAUACAUAACUGAAGGAUUUUUAAACAUGUUUUAUAUGGAAUCAGAACAAUCUGUGGUGUUACUUUUCUGGCCAGUUCAUUGAAUACAUGGGAUGUUGCACAGAUGCUCAGUUUGAUGGAUCUUCCAAGCAAAGAAAUAGUGGUUUAUUUCUUUAUUUAAGGCCAGAAGAGGCCACUUUGAAGAACCUAGUUGUGAUUUUUUUUUUUAAUCUUUUGAGUUUUGAAGGUAGGUAUUACUUGGAAAACUGGGCUUGGGAGGUUUUUUGUGUGCAUUUUUUUCCUCUUAAAGAUAUAAAAAGGAUAUACUUAAGGCAUGAAUUAGUGAUCUAACUUCAACUAACGUAAUGUUUAACAGUGUUUGCACUAGCUGCGAUAUGUAACUUCAGAAAAAAACAGGAAUACUGCUUCAUGAGCUGUUCAGCUAUGUAGUUGUUCAUACUUAGGCACAGAGAUACCAACAUUUUCAAAGAUGUCUGUAAGAAAGUCAGAUUUUGCAGUGUAGGAAUUACAGUAGGUAUGAGCUUGGCUUUGCAAGGUUGGACCAUAUACAUAUCUGUCCUUUUUCAUGAGUCAUAUCCUCAUUAAUAAUGUACAUUUUCCAAACUACUGACUUAUUUAUAAUUUAGUAGAUUUUUUUUUCUUUAAAACUGUGAAAUCGUGUGGGUUUUUUUUUUUUAUUCUUCCUAACGUUUCGUCUUUUCUCCCCAGAAGGAAAAUGCUUUCUGGUGUGUAUUUCAGUAUCAUCUCUGCAUGAUGACACAUAUAUUAUAUGAUAACAUCACAUAAGGCUGUUUUAAAUGCCAAAGCCAAGUAUUUAAUGUUUGUAUCAAAUUAAGCAUACAUUUGGUCAUGUAUGCUUUGGAAAUAUGUACUAGAAAAUGUAAUAAAUUAACUGGUAUUUAUAUUCA